GUACAUAUAGGACCCGGGGUGACAACUAGUCCUCCGCCAAAUCGUUGCCUCUGAUACCUCAUUCCGGCACUGCCGUUUGCCUGAUAUCUAACUUGUGUGUACCGACCCACGGCUGUCCCUUGACCACCCUUGUUUCCUCUGUACUGCCUGCUUGUCUCUGGAGUCGUGCAUUUGGGUCCGCCCUCGAGCCCCGUUCGUGACCCUAUGGGUAUGUGACUGAUCUGAUGGCCAUUGUGGAGGCACUGUGUUGCAGAGUGCAAGAUGAUGAAGAAGGCAUGGACUUUCUGCCUCGAGAGAACCUCUGAGUGCAGCCUGUGAAAAACCUGCCAAUGAAGCGGCUGUCCGUGCUCAUGUCACUUGUUUUUGGAAAAAAAAGAAAUGUCACAUUUGUACAAUGAACAAAUGUUUUUAUUUUUUUAUUAAGAUGAGAAAUUAUUUUAUCCCAAAAACUUCUAAUUUAUUACUCAUUCAACAGUUACAUUCUCAAAGAAUUGGUUAUAGCACUGAGGAUGUAUUACACAAAAUGAAAGGAAAUCAAUGUACAACAAAUGAUUGAUUUGUGCAAAAAAUGUUAUAAUCUAGUAAUUCCUGUAAAACAAAGAACUAAAACUGGUUUUAGUUUCCUAUUAGUCUCACAAAAUCCCACAUAGUCUGAGGAAAAACUUGCCUCUAAACUUCUGAACAGCACAUGCAGGAAGAGGGACACUCACGUCUGCUGAGAAAUUUUGCCAUUUUGUUUCCCUGAUAUAUAUUCACCUAUCACCUGUGUUCUCUGACAUCUCCAACACACAAGAUGGCGUAAUUGGAAACCUAUCCAUUGUUUCAGUUUGGUUCAACGGCUUGAAGCCUGGCUUGGCGCUCAAAUUGGGGAAGACUGCAGGCUUGCAACAGCUCAGAAGUCCACCAUUGGUUCCGACGCUUUCCAGCUGCGGCACCGCGACGUGCAGGAGGGGCGUGGUACUUGUCCUUGUAGUGUUUUGUUUGCGAACAUUUCUCCCAAAGGAACAAGCGUUUGAGUGAAUGACGAAGAAUACACUAAAUUCAAUAAUAUAAAAAGUAAAAUACGUCAUUGGUUCCCGUUGACUGGGACAGGAAACGGAACCAUUCAGUUCAGUCUCUCCGUGUCACUUGAGAUACGGAGCUGUUGCAGUGCAGUAGAUCUGGUCAGUUUUCAUAAUAAAAUACACUGAAGGCAAAUUUCAAUACAAAAAAUAUAUAAAGUGUUCAUUAUUGCGCUAUGAUUCAGUUAUGGCAGAGGUUAAUGUAAUUAUUUUAAACCCGGAGCAUAGACGUCACUGUCGGCCGAAGAAUUGCUUUCGUUUUGAAGGGACGCCUGGCUUGACUUCCGUGGCUGGCUGAACUAUUUCCGGUGUAAGUGGCGCUGGCUCAUCUUUUCUUCCUUUUCGCCGUGCGGGAGUAGGCUCGAUCAACUUCAGUUUGUGUUCCUGAAUUUGGACCCAAUGUUGUGAAUCGUCAACUUGGGAUACUCGUGAUCUCUUCUUUAGUGGACUAAAACAUCACCUGUGCAAUCUGUUGGAGUCGUUACGUGAAAUUUGAAGCUUUUCGGCCGAGUUUAGCCUCGUUUGCGAACAAAGAGAGAGACUAUCAACAUUACGCGAACCAGAGAUCAAGCGUGAGGUGAAAUCUUUUUUCCACUACCGACGAGUAAGAUUUGACAAAAGUGACGCGUGUUUGGAAGAAAAAAAAAACAGCUGAAUUCUGUUGGCUUUCUGACUCGUUUUUAUAAUUAUCGUGACGUGGUUUAUGUGUCUGGCGGCACCUUAGUUACUGGUUACCUCGUCUGCCACACAGUUCUGAGGACUGGGACUCAAAUCCCAGCCCCUCCAGUGCAGAGUUUGCAUGUUCUCCCUGUGUGCGGCUGGGUGGGUUUUCUGCGUGCACUCCGGUUUCCUCUUAAAAAACGUUUGGGGCCGAUCACGCAGUUUAAAAAAAAAAAAAACCCGAUCCAUUUUCUCGUGACGUCACCAAUUUUGCUGCCUCGGGGGGAAAGCUGACGGCGGCCAUUUUCGUUCCCUGAGCACGUUGUUAGUACAUUGAGUAGAAUAACUUUUAAUAAGAUGCCUAUUUGCGGUGCUGUGGGUUGCUCAAACAGACGUGGGGUGAACAAAGAUGUCAGUUUUUAUAAAACUCCUAAAAUUAUCACUAAUCAAGGUGAUGAAGCACAAAUUCUCAGUGAACAGAGACGAAGGUUAUGGAAAAAGGUGGUCAAUCGUAAUGACAUCACGACAGAGGAGCAGUGGGAUCGGACACUUGUCUGCUCAAGACACUUCGUAAAUGGAGAGAAAGCUUAUCUACAUUCCAACACCAGCCCAUCGUGGGUGCCAAGUCUUAACCUCGAACCUAUGCUCAAUCCAGGAGCAGCCCGUUCAAUAUUCAUUGAUCGAUUUGCUGAGCAGGACAAAGGGACACAACAGCCACAACUGCCGGGAAACGCACCAGUCAGCGAUGCCAGUUGUGGAUGUCAUCGUAGUAGUUCAAGUACAAAGCGACGCAGGGCAAACUGUGCAGCUCAAAGCAAGAGAAGGCUUGUUAAGGAAAUGCUUUCCCCUGUCAUCCAUGUUGUGGGUGAUCAGGAAAUGUCACCUGAUCUAGAACAAGCAGCUGCUCGUUGUACAGAAUAUCUUGGCCUCCAUGAAAUAGACAACCCUUCCAUUUUUGAGGAUGAAGCGAGGCUUGGUGAAUCUUCAAGUGCCAUGUUGCCUCCAGAUUUUCACUGUAAAUGCUGCAGGCAUGCUAUUGCUGUCAAAGAUGCAUCAAUGCAGACAGAUAUAGACUUAAUAAUUGAGGCAGUUCCUAAGGAUCACACACAUUCCCAAAAACUUGAGGACAUCACAGAUCCUGUGUCAAAGACCGAUGCAGCUCAAGAUCGCAGAAAGUGUUGUGAUCGUCAUGUAAAAAUGUGUGCAAGAAGGACAGGAGAGUACAAGGAAGAAGUUCGAGUACCAAAAAAAGAGGAGGAGCCUUGUCAACUACCGGACGCUGUGUUCAAUCUGCAGCCUCGUAUUGUCCUACGCAGAGCAGAUGUCAGUGACUAUCUUCACCCAGAGUGGCAGCGGUCAGUGUCCCGUCACGUCAAAGAGGAAGAAGUUGAAGAGGUACAGUGUAUCAAAGAGGAGGAGGAAGAAGUCCUACACAUGAAAGAGGAAGAGCAGAAGAAAAUUAUCCAUGUUCCAGCCACUGAUGUCCAUUUGAAAAGUGAAGAUGAAGGUCAAAGUGAGGAGAGACAAGGGGCAGAGCCUUCAGAAUCAGCUUUAUUGGCCAAGUGUGUAAAAACGCACAAGGAAUUUUCCUCUAGCAGUCGGUGCUACCCUGGUACAACAUUCAGGACAACCAGGAACAGCUCAAGUGAAGGAGCCCACUGUGGAGGAUCACAAACAGAUGAUGAUGAACAAUCGAAAUGUGAUAUGACAUGUCACUUGACCAACAAAUGCUGGAAAUGUUCUCAGUGUGGGGAAACUUUUGCGUCUAUGAGGAAUUUAAAACAACAUGUGAAAAUACACACAGGUGAAAAGCCUUUUGCAUGCACAGUUUGUGGUCAAAGAUUCAUGUGGAAGGGAGAUUUAAAAUCCCACACAAGAACACACACUGGUGAGAAACCUUUUUCCUGCUUAGUUUGUGAUAAAAGAUUUACUUGGAAGGGAGAUUUUAAUAGACACACAAGAACACACACUGGUGAGAAACCUUUUUCCUGCUUAGUUUGUGGUAAAAGAUUCAUGUGGAAGGGAGAUUUAAAAAGACACACAAGAACACACACUGGUGAGAAACCUUUUUCCUGUUCAGUUUGUGGUCAAAGAUUUAAUCGGAAUGGAAGCUUAAAAUUACACACAAGAACACACACUGGUGAGAAACCUUUUUCAUGUUCAUUUUGUGAUAAAAGAUUCACUGAGAAGGGACAUUUAACAAUACACACAAGAACACACACUGGUGAGAAACCUUUUUCAUGUCCAAUUUGUGAUAAAAGAUUCACUGAGAAGGGACGUUUAAAAAAACACACAAGAACACACACUGGUGAGAAACCUUUUUCAUGUCCAAUUCGUGAUAAAAGCUUCCCCAAGAAGGGACAUUUAAAAAGACACACACGAACACUCACUGGUGAGAAACUUUUGCCUGCUUACUUUGGUCAAACAUUGUUCUCUAGUACAGUAAUCCCUUGAUUUUCAUGGUUAACGGGUCACUUAGAGAGAGGGCGAGAAGCCACCGGCCACCCCCACAACACACACGCACACACACACACACACAAACACACAAACAACCACUCUCCUAUCCACACCCCAAGAAUUUUCAUGUACAGUGAAGAAAAUAAGUAUUUGAACACCCUGCUAUAUUGUGAGUUCUCCCACUUAGAAAUCAUGGAGGGGUCUGAAAUUUUCAUCGUAUAGGUGCAUGUCCACUGUGAGAGCUAAUCUAAAAAAAAUCCAGAAUUCAGAACGUAUGAUUUUUUUUUUAAUUAUUAUUUUUAACGAUUUGUGUGAUACAGCUGCAAAUAAAUAUUUGAACACCUAUCAACAAGAAUUCUGACCCUCAAAGACCUGUUAAUCCACCUUUAAAAGUCUACCUCCACUCCAUGUAUUAUCCUGAAUCAGAUGCACCUGUGUGAGGUCAGUAGCUGCAGAAAGACACCUGUCCACCCCAUGCAAUCAGUAACACUCAAACUUGUAACAUGGCCAAGACCAAAGAGCUGUCCAAAGACACAACAGACAAAAUUGUACAACUCCACACAGCGAGAAAUUGCUACGGAGAAAUUGCCACGCAGCUUGAUCAAAAAAGGUCCACUGUUGAAGCAAUCAUUACAACAGUGUUUUUCAACCUUUUUUGAGCCACGGCACAUUUUUUACAUUGGAAAAAUUUUGUGGCACACCACUAACCAAAAACGUUACAAAAUGACACUCUGUAUAGUAUAUUUAAUUACAAUAGAAUUUCUCAAUUUAUUUAUACUCAGUCAGUGUGAAACCUGGGCCUGUUUAGAUGAACACAAAGCCGAUAUCCUGGCAGGAAUAGAAGAAAGACACACACGGAGCUCUUCUUCAACAGCUCUCAGUCUCUCUCUGUUUUUUGUUUUUAUAGCAGUUAGGCUUGAAAAGCUCAGCUCACACAGAUAUGUUGUGGAAAAUGGGAGCAAUGUCAGAACAGCUUUGUUGGCCACAAUGGGGAACUCCUUGGCAGCAGUCAACCAAAAACUGUCCAAGGGAAGAUCAGCAAAUCUUAGUUUUAAACCACGAUCCUGUUUCAGUUCAGUUAGUUCCUCCUGCUCUUGUAAAGUCAUGUCCUUUCCAACAACUGAUGCCGAGCUGGAUGGGUCCCUAACCCAGUCAAAGCAUUCAGUGGAGGCUGAAGAGAAAUAAAAUUUCUCCUCAAGACUUUUCACAAAUGUUUACCUAUUACCUCAGACAGUGCAGCAGUGUUGCUUUGGCGUUUGUCUUUGAGUGGGAACAUCUCCAGGUUGGCACGUUGCACAUGUUGUUGCCAGAGGUGCACCUUUAAACGAAAUCCAUUUAUUUUAUCUGUGCUUGUAAGCAGGUUUUCAUUUCGGCCCUGCAUCAUUGUGUUCAGUUCAUUAAGAUGAUGAAAUAUAUCAGCCAGGUAUGCCAGCUUUGCGCACCACUCAUCACUUGCAAACAGAUUUGAGUAAUCAGACCUCUCGUUAGAAACAUUUUAAGUUCCUCUCGCAGCUCAUACACACGGGUCAGCACCUUACUGCGCGACAACAAUCGGACCUCCGUAAGGAGCAAUAAGGCUUUAUGCUCCGCUCCCAUUUCCUCACACAGAGAUGCGAAUAUACGGCUUUUCAGAGGUCGUGUCUUUACAAAGUUCACUAUGCGCACCACAUCGUCCAACACAGGAACCAGUUCUGCCGGUAAAGUCUUAGCAACAAGGGCCUCACGGUGCAAAAAACAGUGCGUGACAAUCAGAUCUGGGUUUCUUUCCUUGACUCUACUCACGAACGAAGCCUUUGGUGCGCCCGACCAUGGCUGCAGCUCCAUCAGUGCACACACUUGUGCAGUUUUCCCACGUAAGUCCUCCCUGGUCAAGAUAUUCCGAUGUGACCCGAAAAAUUUCCUCUCCAGUUGUUUUUUCUGGCAGUGCCUUGCAAAAUAGGAAGUUUUCUCUAAUGGCAUCUCCAUCCACAAAACGCACAUUGGCCAAGAGCUGAGAAUGUCCACUAAUAUCCGUAGACUCGUCAACUUGCAACCCAAAUUUCCCACUGAUGCGUAUCUUUUCCAAAACAUGGCUUUCGAUGUUUGUAGACAUGUCAUCAAUACGCCUGGCAAUUGUGUUAUCAGAGAGCGGGACUUUAGCUAUGUCUUUAACCGCAUCAGGGCCGAGCAUCUCGUUGACAAUUGCUUUACAGGCAGGUAGUAUUAAUGUCUCUGCCACAGUGUGCAGCUUUUUUGAUUUAGCAACAAGUUUGGCGACUAGGUAACUAGCUUUGAGGGCUUUCUCAUUUACCUUUGUGGUUUUUCUCAUAAACGUUGCCUGUUUCUCUGUGUUUACACGUAGGCGAACAAAAUAGUCUAUCGGCUUGUUUUGAAGCAACGGGUGUGUCGUUUGGAGAUGGCGUUUAAGCUUGCUUGGCACCAUGGCGCUGUUGGAUAGCUUCUCGCCACACACCAGGCAUAACGGAAUAGGUGUCAUCUCAUCCCCGGUGAAAGUAAAUCCAAACAAAAGAUAGCUUUCACUAUAUUGCCUUGAGCUCACCGUCUUUGCUUGCUUUUUCCCACCACUCAUACUAGGGCCUUCAUCCGGGUCAGAAUCUUGUCCAGGGCCCAGUUCGGAGUUUGCAGUUGUCCUUUUUAAAAACUUCUCCAUGACUGUCAAAGCGGUCUCUCAGGUGCAUCACUAUUUCUCUUGGAGGAACGAGGCAAUCAGCUACGUGUUGCCACAUGGACAAAUAUUACAUUGCCAGCCUUUACAGCACGGACACUGGACAAUGAGAUAAUAUUUGCAGAAAAUUAUUCAUAAAUGUUAAUUUUUUUUAAAAAAGUGAUAUUGGAUAAUUUCUCACGGCACACCUGACGAUCUCUCAUGGCACACUAGUGUGCCGCGGCACAGUGGUUGAAAAUCACUGCAUUAGAAAAUAGACGAAGCUAAACAUGACGCUCAAUCUAAAUCGGAGUGGAGCCCCAUGCAAGUUAUCUCCUCGUGGGAUCUCAAUGAUCCUUAGAAAGGUGAGGAAUCAGCCCAGGACUAAACAACAGGACUUGGUCAAUGACCACAAAAGAGCUGGGACCACCGUUUCCAAGGUGACUGUUGGCAAUACAGUAAGAGGUCAUGGUUUGAAAUCAUGCAUGGCACGGAAGGUUCCCCUGCUUAAACCAGCACAUGUAAAGGCCCGUCUGAAGUUUACAAAUGACCAUUUAGAUGAUACAGAGGAGUCAUGGGAGAAAGUUCUGUGGUCAAAAUUGAACUUUUUCGUCAUAAUUCCACUCAGUGUGUUUGGAGGAAGAUGAAUGAUGAGUUCCAUCCCAAGAAUACCAUCCAGACUGUGAAGCAUGGGGGUGGUAGCAUCAUGCUUUGGGCGUGUUUUUCCACACAUGGGACAGGACGACUGCAUUAUAUUAAGGAGAGGAUGACCGCGACCAUGUAUUGUGUGAUUUUGGGGAACAACCUCUUUCCCUUAGUCAGAUCAUUGAAGAUGGGUUGUGGCUGGGUUAGGGUUAGGGUUCAACAUGACAAUGACCCGAAGCACAACCCAGGAAAACCAAGGAGUGGCUCCUUAAAAAGCAUAUGAAGGUUCUGGCAUGGCCAAGCCAGUCUCCAGACCUAAACCCAAUAGAAAAUCUUUGGAGGGAGCUGAAACUCCAUGUUUCUCAGCGACAGCCCAUCAAGCUGUCUGAUCUAGAGAAGAUCUGUGUGGUGGAGCGGGCGAAAAUCCCUCCUUCAGUGUGUGCAAACCUUGUGAACAACUACAGGAAAAGUUUGACCUCUGUAAUUGUAAAGGCUACGGUGACCACUCCAUGAUUUCUAAGUGGGAGAACUUGCAAUAUAGCAGGGUGUUCAAAUACUUAUUUUCUUAACUGUAUGUAUAUCUGGGUACCAGAAUGAAUAAAAUAUGUAAACAGGAUUUAUACUUUACACAUUUGAGACAAAGAUUAAGAUAGUUCAUGCAUUUACUUAAAUCACCUGACUUCUGGAAUAAUAUGCCCAAAAUACAAGGACAAGAGGCAUCUGUCCCAUGAGGAGAACAUGAGUCACUAAACAGUAACAGUCUGCAACACCAAUCUGAUCCAGUGUCUUGCGUACUUUAUUUUUUUCUGUUUUUUCAAAUUUUGAAAGCACACAAGGUCAAGUGGCAGGGGCGAGCAAGCAAGUUAACAAAGGCACAUUUUUUGAUAACGGUGUGUGUGUGUAUUGGUGAACGUGUCCUUGGCCACUUCUUAGAAGAUCAGGAGUUGGCUGGUGCACUUGUGUGGGGACUGUGCAUCCUGUAUGCGCAAAGAAUCUUCGAAGCAAGCAUAAUACUUUGGCUUUGUUGCAAAUCCAUAACAAAUAUAUUUACGAUAAUUCAAACUAUUUAAUUAUAAAACCUUUGUAAAUCUUUCCUGCAACAGUCGUCAACUGUGGUUGAGAAUUGCUCUCGCUGUCUCUCUCACAUGUACACAGACAAACACACGCCGAAGGAGAGGCUCGUAGAGUCUUUAAGUUCACUCACCUGCAAUAUUGCAACAUGAUGAUCAUUAACAUGAUCCUUGAAGAGGUACGCAUGCCAUCCUCUUCCAAAAAAAAGACCUUUUUCAAAAAUGUUAAAACACAAUGCAGGGUCCAACAAGGAGAAAGGUUACCUGUCUGAAGUCCUGGUGGACAUCUCAGUAGGUACCACAGUGCCUGUGCCUUUUGCUGCACAAAGUGGUUGAUUCCUCCCGCUGGAUCCCAGAAAGGAUAGAAGUGCUCCCACAUCAGAGCAAAUCCCUCCCGCUGGUUCCAUAGAAGGAUAAAAGUGCCCGUAACGUUAGUAGUUCUUGGGCGUUGCAGAGGAAGCUUUUGCUGGGGCAAAACGCUGAGGUGAUACUGUAACUACAUAAUCAAAAUCUUUUAUCACGACCACAACAUGGGGGGGGGGGUGUGAAAAGUAAACAUGAUGCACUGGAUCUGCAAUAGGUGAAGCGUGAAGUAGAGAGGGAUUACUGUGUCAGGUUAAAACACACAAGUGAGCAUGUGAGAAAAGCAAUGAUCAAAAAGCUUUUAAUGUAAAGGUGUAAAGUGACCCACUGAUAAUGAUAAUAACUGAUGACCUACUUACUAUUAUUGACUGAGAACCAACUUUCUUGUAUUCUGUGUACCAGCUAUAAUUGUAUCUUCGACCCAUAACAAAGGUCUCUUGUCCCCAAACAGUGGUUGAUCAGAUUUGACCUUAUCUGAUCUGUAAAAGUGAAAAUAUUGGGCUAGUCAUUAAAAAAAAAAUUCAGAGUAUUAUGCUGCCUUUUGUUGACAUGUCUGCAUAUGUUUUGGUGAUGGCUGACAUUUUUGGGACAUGAAGCCACAUUUCUUGGGCGAGCCUUGCAAGAAAGAGAUUCCCUGCUGUGUUUGUCAUUUUUAGGAUGACGUCCUUUUCCAUCCCAAUCCAUAGAUUUCUUUUGUUGUUUUUUUUUAUGCACAAUUUGUGAGGGAACAUAAUUUUGGGAGUGCUAGCUAUUUUCCAUGCAAUGUAACAAAUGUAUGAAAUCAAUGUAAGACACACCACCAACUUCAACAAAGCUGUGUUUAAAAACUCAAGCAAGGUCUAUUUUUUCUUAGUUUUAAUUUUGAAGGUCAGGAUUCCACCUAACAGCUACGAUGUAUAGCAAUAUGAUGAAUUACUGCCACUAAGGAGAUUCCUGUUCCCACACUGGCAUUCUGAGGGCUUUUAAAUGUUGGAAUUUGUUGAUGAAAAAGGGCCAUGCAAAAGGGAAUUAGUUAUUUUCCAAUUGUUUCAAAAUGUAUUUUUCAUUUCCCUGAGCAUGCAUUAAUUUGGCCCAAUGUUUUAGUAAUGUCAAUGUUCAAUAAGUGAAUCAUUGAUUGAAACACUGGAAAGAAUGACUUUUGGUGGUAAAAUGUAUUUGUGAUCCUGAAUAAAAUUCGACUAAUAAGAACUCAAUUUGCUUGUACAUCAAAUCAGUUUUCCCCAUUAAAAAGAAUGAAAAUGUAUUUUUUUUUUUCAUUGGAAACCCUCCAAAAAUAAAAGGCCCGCACUAUCCAGCAAAAUAUGGCCCAAGCGACAAGGCCGAAGUGGAAAAUCUCCAAAUUAGGGCACUGUAGAGGAUCACAAGCAGACAGCCUCUUCACUCCACUAUCAGAUAGUGAUGACAUUAAGUCCCUCUCUCCUCACUCUGAUGAUGAUGUGAUUUAAAAGUCCAAAAGUGAUUUGUCACACAACUAUCAAUGGAAAUGUUCAGUGUGGGAAAACCUUUGCUUGUAAGAGCAAACGCCACAUGUGAAAACACACUGGAGAGAAACCUUUUUCCUGCUGAAUUUGAACUUCUCGAAGUAUUGAAGAUUUGAAUGUGACGUCACGACACCACGUGCAUUUGUUUAUGCAGCCAUAUUGGUAGGCAAGUUUCUGCAGAAGAAUCCAGACGCGCUAGUGUAGGUUUUGGUUGUUUGUUUUUGUACACUUUGUUUUCUUUCUUUUCCUUUUUUCUACAUAAUGGAGCACAGAAGUGAAUGCCGUGUUGAAUUUUCUUUUUCUGACCAUACCAAAAAUCUCGAUCAGCAGUCAAAAGACCGUUGUGUGGACAAAAUCAAGUCAAUUGGGAGCGGACUAUACAGACUACUGACAGAAGUUUUCUUCUGUUAUGAGUGCUGCCACUUAUCCAAACAUCCUUGGAUCCUUUGUUCUCACUGCCACUGUAAAUAUUUUUACACAUUGAUGUAUCCACUGUCUGGAUUCCAGAUUGAAGAUAGAUCCGCAUGCAAUAGUUACAAUUUAUUUUCAAAAGCUGAAAACAUGUACUGUACAUUUAAUUACAUAUAGAUUGGUAUGCUACAUCCACAAAUAUAUUUGUUAUGCAUCUAGGUGUAAUUCUGAAAAAGCUAAUAAAAU